AGGCACAUGUCUGCUCAUAGUUCGCUUUGCUGUUCUCUUGUUGUCAGAGCAGCCAAACCAGCUAAUGUUAAAGUAAUGGAUUCCAAAGAAUUGCUUAACUCGUCGGAUCAAGGCGAAGCAAGGAAAAAUGCGCUCAUCAGUACCAAAGGAGGGAUCGUGAUGGACUUUCGUCCACCCUUCAGGGGUGGAGCUACUGUACAAGCCCCUGUGUCUACAUCUCCUCUCCCCACAUCUUCUCAGUCAGAUUCCAGCCAGCAACCUGCUUUGGCUGACUUCUCGAAAGGAUUAGCAAACAAUGUGCCUCCGCCAGACCUUUCCAAGGCAGUGUCACUCUCGAUGGGACUGUACAUGGGUGAAACUGACGCGAAAGUGAUGGGAAACGACCUUGGAUUUUCGCAGCAGGGCCAAAUCGGCAUCUCUUCUGGAGAAACGGACUUCAGGCUCCUGGAAGAAAGUAUUGCGAGCUUGAACAAGUCCUCGAGCCUGGCAGAGGACACCAAGGGAGCAAUAUCCUCUGAGGUGCCGCUCGAGCCGGAGUUCCCAGGCAUGGCUGGCCGCAACGUCCCGUUAGAGUCAGGAACUGCAGUCCAAAGCCAGGUUGGCUCGAACGGUGGCAACUUGAAGUUAUUCUCUGAAGACCAAAGCACCCUGGAUAUUCUCCAGGAUUUAGAAUUGCCACCAGUGUCGCCUGGCAAAGAGCCCAAUGGGAGCCCAUGGAGGCUCGACCCGUUGCUCGAUGACGGCGGCCUGCUCUCCCCUAUAUCUGCGGAUGAUGCGUUCCUCCUGGAAGGAAGCCUGGGUGAAGAUUGCAAGCCUCCUAUUUUAUCUGACACUAAACCUAAAAUUAAUGACCGUGGUGACCUUUUACCCAGUUCCAAAAUGCCAAUGCCUCAAGUGAAAACAGAAAAGGAAGACUUCAUUGAACUCUGUACUCCUGGCAUAAAGCAAGAAAACAUGGGCCCAAUUUACUGUCAGGCAAACUUCUCCGGGUCGAAUCUGCUGGGUACUAAAGUCUCUGCCAUAUCCAUCCACGGCGUCAGUACCUCUGGGGGACAGAUGUAUCACUAUGAUUUAAAUACUGCAUCGCUCUCUCAGCAGCAGGAUCAGAAACCAAUUUUUAAUAUCAUUCCAUCUCUUCCUGCCGGUUCAGAAAAUUGGAAUAGGUGCCAGGGAUCGGGAGACGAGACGCUGGCUCCUUUGGGAACGCUCAACCUUUCUGGCAGACCUGCUUUCUCUAAUGGCUAUUCAAGCCCUGGAAUGAGAUCAGAUGUAAGCUCUUCUCCAUCCACAACCUCAGCAACUACGGGACCACCUCCCAAGCUCUGUCUUGUCUGCUCUGACGAGGCCUCGGGGUGUCAUUAUGGGGUUCUAACUUGUGGCAGCUGCAAAGUGUUCUUCAAGAGAGCUGUGGAAGGGCAGCACAACUACCUGUGUGCCGGCAGGAACGACUGCAUCAUCGACAAAAUCCGGAGGAAAAACUGCCCAGCGUGCCGCUACCGGAAGUGUCUCCAGGCGGGAAUGAACCUCGAAGCUCGAAAAACCAAGAAGAAGAUAAAAGGAAUCCAGCAGACGGGUGCCACAGGAUCACGGGAUGCUUCAGAAACACCUGGAAACAAGAGCAUCGUCCCAGCAUCGCUGCCGCAGCUGACCCCAACCCUGGUGUCACUGCUGGAGGUGAUUGAGCCGGAGGUGCUGUACUCGGGCUAUGACAGCACGCUGCCCGACUCCAGCUGGCGCAUCCUCUCCACUCUCAACAUGCUGGGAGGGCGGCAGGUCGUGGCUGCAGUGAAGUGGGCAAAGGCAAUACCAGGUUUCCGAAACUUACAUCUGGAUGACCAAAUGACCCUUCUGCAGUACUCCUGGAUGUUCCUAAUGGCUUUUGCCUUAGGAUGGAGAUCAUACAAACAAUCAAAUGGGAAUCUCCUGUGCUUUGCCCCAGACCUGAUUAUUAACGAGCAGAGAAUGAAUCUACCGUGUAUGUAUGAACAGUGCAAACAUAUGCUCAUGGUUGCCCGAGAGCUGUCACGGCUUCAAGUCUCAUAUGAAGAGUAUCUCUGCAUGAAAACCUUGCUUCUCCUCUCUACAAUUCCUAAGGAAGGCCUGAAGAGUCAGUCUUUAUUUGAAGAAAUCCGUAUGACAUACAUUAAGGAGCUGGGAAAGGCCAUAGUGAAGAGAGAAGGGAACUCGAGCCAGAACUGGCAGCGAUUUUAUCAACUGACUAAACUGCUGGACUCUAUGCAUGAUGUGGUUGAAAAUCUUCUGAGCUUUUGCUUCCAAACAUUUUUGGAUAAAUCCAUGAGUAUUGAGUUCCCAGAAAUGUUGGCAGAAAUCAUCAGCAAUCAGAUACCAAAAUAUUCAAAUGGAAAUAUCAAGAAGCUCUUGUUUCAUCAGAAGUGACUGCCUUAACACAAAAGGGUUGCCUUAAGAAAACGUCAAAUGAUAGCUUUUUUUUUUUGUAAAGAAAAAAAACCCUACAGACCUUGUUGGUUUUGUCCUUGCAGCGGUGUUUCUUUUGUAAUUAUGCACUACAUGUGGUUUACAGAGGGCCAAGAGUUAGGCUGGAGGAGCGGCGGAGCGCUCGCCUUGGUAAAGGAGUGGGGAGAAGGGCAAGGAAAAGGAAUGGUGUUGAUCAGAAAUUCUCUCUCUCCCCUCGUGCAACAUCCCUGGAUGCAUUGGAGCCAGCGGGGCCAGGCUGGAUGCUCCGGACAUUGUGCUGGUGGAGGAGUUGCUGCAGUUGGCUGAGACAAUUUUCUAGGCUUUUUUUUUGUUUUUAUUUUGUUUUAUUUUGGUUUUGGUUUUUUUUUUUUAGUCAAGUGUUUUGGAUUUUCUUUUUUAAGGUAGCGUUUGGUUCCUGCAUGUGUAACCUGAGGAACGUUUACAAGUGUAUAUCGGAAAAGGGAAGUUGUGCCUUUUAUAGCUAUUGCUGUCUGGUUUUAGCCAUUUCCUUUAACUUUCUAUACCGUGAACUCGGCUUGUUCAUUUUUUCUUACCUGAUUUUUUUGUAAUACUUCAAGAUGCCUAUUGUACAGCUGGUUUUAUAAGGUGGGGCAGCUCGUAGCUUUCCUAAAUGACCUCUAGACAUUAAUCCUCGACUAUAUUCACACAACGAAAAUGGGUUUGGCCUUUUCUAACCUAAGAGCUUUCAACUGUCCAAGCGACCAUCAAGAUCUGGCAUUUUUUUAAGGGCCAGGGUGGGUGGGAGAACUCUCAAAUCUAAUUCAAUAGAUGUGAAAGAAACAACAACUUUUGGCUUAGGUGCAAAAGUGUUGGAUAUGCAGAUUCAUAGAAGAUUAGCCCAGUCCUAAACUGGAUGUAAAUGAGCAGGUUAUUUUAUAUAUUGAAGAAAAAAAAAAGCCUGAUUUUUGCAUAUGAUGCAACAGCCAUAACUGAGAGUCACGGGCUGCAUUGAUGCCAAGAAGCUCAGUCCUGACUGCCCAUCAGGAAAUUUUCAGGAAAAUAUGCAUAGCUUAAAGAAAAGUUUACUUCUGUGUGGAGAAACUCACGUUUUCUAUACACUGAGAUCUGUCAUCACACAAGUAUAUCCGGAGAAACACCACUUACGUAGAGGCAGACGUGUAAUUAUGCCCAGUGGUUUGGUUUUGUUCUGUUCUCUUGUGUCGGUUCUAGAGCUCUCUCCGUGGGGCAGGAGGAGGGAAGAGCAGCCAGAGCAGCAGAGCUUCAAGCCCCAUUCCCACAUCUCUAUGGCUGCUGCUGGGCCCAUCCUCUUCCCUGGAGAGCAGGAAAGCUCCGCUACUGAUCUCGUGGUCUUAGAGUCGUACGUCAAACCGUCUGUGUUUGUAAGGCUGCAUCCCUUAACCCCAAUGACUAGCGUGCCAUAAAACUCCCCUGGGUCUUGUGAAUUUCUCCUUGUUGCCAUUGAUACCGACAUUUUAAACCGUUUAGAAGCUGUAGUAGCCUUUUCUACGUGCACCUUAACAAUUUUCUGUAUCUCAAAAUUGAAAUCUUUCCUAAGCCACUCUAAAAUCCGAUUUUUACGCAAAGUGGCCAGAGUAUUUGUGUAAUAGAAUUGAGAAAGAUCAUCUGAUAAAAUACAAAACCUAAUAUAUUUUUAUAUUUAGUUAUAGUUUCAAAUAUGUAUAAUCGGUAUAUUCGCUGAUCCGAGAAAAGAAGGGAAGGGCUACUGCAGCUUUAAAAGCAAUUUAUUAAAUGAUUGUAAAAUAGCUUGUAUAGUGUAUAAUAAGGAUGAUUUUUAGAUGACAGAUUGCUUUAUCAUGAUACAUGUAAUUAUAUUUUUUGUAGGGGUCACAAAUAUGCUGAAUGGUAACCCGUCCCCGCUGGGGUUUGUCUGGAGGUAGUGCUGAAGGCGUCGGGUUUUAGUAUCCAAAGAAGUACUCUUUGUCUCUAAAGGAAAACCUGUGUUCAGUGGGUGUGUUUAGGGUUGAGUUUUUAAUGUUUUAUCUAAUCACUGUGUACAAAUCCCAGCUGGAGCUUGGAUGGAAUACUCCUAUCUGUAUGGUUGGUUACCAUUCGCCAGGCGUUGCUAAAUCCGACCUCCGCUGCAGGCAAUGUAACGGGGAAGAUGCGUGUGAGCACCCACACCUACACCUCUAAGCAGACGGGGGUAGUUUCACAUACAGCCUCACCUACCACAGCAGAAACAGCUCGACAAAUUGGGCAAUAAUACACAUACAGGUACCAGCAAUAUGUAAAUACGGAGCAUAGGUUGUUCACCAUACACUAGCACGUUUCUGUUGUUAGCAGAAGGUAGUUUCCGAGCAAAAUCGGAAACUAAAUUUUCACCCUUUCUUAAAGCUCUUUUUGAAUGCUAUACCUAUUAAGAAGAGCUCCUAUAUUCAGUACUUCGGGGUAAAAUACCAUCUUUAAUAAAAAAGAAAAGUAACCACUCUCUUCUCUUUGAUCUGUAAAGGAUAUAUAUACAUUUUCUAACAGGGAAAGGCAAGGUCAGUAUUGCAGUUACGACUCCUACCCCCAUUUCAUGCAACUAUUCACACAACUGUUUGACAUGCAGAUAGGAGUUCCAUGCUGCUUCUGGGGGCUCUUCAGCUAAAGGAAAACUGGGGUUACUUUGGAGAAUGGUUUUAAAAUUGCAUCCCCAGGAAGCUUGAUUUGAGCUUGCGUGGAAGAGUGGUGGUGCGAGCGGGUGUGCAAUGGGUGUGCAAGCAUCAGCGCAUCCAUAUACACAAAUACAAACCUUCUCUUUUUGCCAGCAGAAAAGUAACUGGAGUGAACGUGAACAAAUGAUCCCCAUCUUGAGAGAACCGGUAAUGUAGGAGAAGAGAAGGCUCUACCCCCUCCUAGUCUGUAUCCCUUUAUAUUCCUUUGUAGUUUAGGGAUUUAAGGAAAAAAAUAAAAAGGAAACUGUGAUGUUAGAAGAAAGCAAUCGUCCUGUACGUGCUGUUAGGUUUUGAACUUCACCAUUAGAAGUCUGUAGUGCUUUAGUAAGCAGUGAGAAGUCCGUGUCCUGUGUAUCCGUAGUCCUUGUAGCAGUGGGUAGUAUCUGCACUCUGGAUAAAGCAGGGAGAAUUCUGACUUCGUCUCUUCAGUGCCUUAUCACAAAGUGCAUCGACCGAGGGGCGGCCGCCGGCAGCCCGGGCGCAGAGCUCGUGCACGAGCAGCGCCAGGAAUGGCCUUAGCGGGAGAAGCGGGAGCUCCAGGAAUGGCCUUAGCGGGAGCAGCGGGAGCGGGGCCAGGGGCUGGGGAUGGAGCUGGGAAAUGACCUCGCCAUUUCACAGACAGGGGUAGAAAACAGGAGGAGGAAAGUGCCUGGAUGAACAUCAGCUCAAUCCUGUUUCCCGUAGUCGAACUUCAGCGAGUGAGGACUGGAGGGUCACACCUUAGCAUGAGGGUUUUGGAGGGUGUCCUUAGAGUAGUUAUGCUCUAUCCUUAGUCCAGUCUGCAACCGGGUGUUGUUGAGCCAUUGAUGCCACAUAGGAACCAAAUUUUCAGGAAAGGACUGGGGCCUCCGAGGCAGCGGGAGGCUCCAGGAUGCUGAUGAAAGGCUGUGUGUAUGGAAAUACCCCACCUCCCAACUAACGUGCAUAACAGCAUAGAGUCAGCGAUGUGUCAUUAUUCUAUUUUGUAUAUUAAACGAGAGAUAUAUACUGGGGACAAAUCCUAUAUCGUACCGGUGUAUGGCAUUAUUAAAAAAGAAUCAUUAUUUUUAUCACAGUAAUUUUAAAACAGCAUAAAGGAAAUUAAACCAGUGACUCCUGUUUAAAAAUGAAAGUUGUAGUUUUUUAUUCAUGCUGAAUAAUUCUGUAGUAACAAGUCUGUAGUUUUCACCUACUCAGUGAACUGUUGGACUGUAAAAGCUUGUGUGGAAUUGUUGAACAUUUAUUUUUUCAUUUGAAUUUGCUGUUCUGGUAAUACAAAGCCACACAUCUGUACAGAAGUUGCAGUAAAUGUGAGCCAUUUACAGCAAUGCCGAAUAAUGGACAGAAACCAUAUAAUAAAAUUCUGCUUUUUUCAUUAAAUGGCUCCAAAAUG